UUGAAAGCAGCAGGUUUGGAGCGAACAGCGAGGAGCCGUUACUUGUUUACAUAUUCAUAUAUUUAUAGAUUUGUACAGCUAUAUUUUUACAUAUUUAGGUAUUUACACAUUCAGACGUGUCGAUAUUUGAGUAUUUGGAUAUUAAAGCUGAGUUAGAUGAUGUCUGAGGGCGGCGGUCUGUGUUUAUCUGAGGGUGGAGAGCUGCAGCGGUUGGUGGAGGAUCAGCAGCCCGCUCAGAGUGAACCGGAACCCGGAUCCAAAAUGUCACCAAGAGAGCUGUUUCAGGAUGAAGGUGGUGAAGAUAUUGAUGCUGAUGAGCAAGAUGAUGAAGAUGAUGAUGGUGAAGAUGACAGCGGCACAGAUGUCCUCUCUAACGAAGAAAAGCCGUGCACACAUUUACAGCGGGCCGAGCCGUUCGGUAGCGGGGGGCUGCCUCACGUCUUCCAGACCAGUCACCUGGUUUUCUACGAGAGAUUUAAAGCAUAUCAGGAUUACAUGCUGGGGGACUGUAAACCGUCUGAGGUGAAGGACUUCACUGCGGAUUACCUGGAGAAGGUGGUGGAGCCGUGUGAUUGGCAGGCGCUGUGGCACACCGACGUGUUUGAUGUUCUGAUUGAAGUGGUGGACGUGGACUAUAAGGAGCUGCGGGCGAAGGUGGAGCUGGUUCUGCCGCUGCAGUGCGAGGCUCGUGGCUGUGACCUCACAGAGGAGGCCAUGAAGACGUUACUGGAGGCCACUAUGAAUAAAGUGCCUCUUCAGGAGCUCCACGCCGUUUAUGAUGAGUCUGGAGACUUUGAUCAGACGGCUUUGGCUCUGGAGCAUCUCAGGUUUUUCUACAAGCACAUCUGGAGGCAGUGGGACGAGGAAGAUGAGGAUGAUGAGUUUGACUACUUCGUUCGCUGCGUAGAGCCUCGUCUCAGACUGUACUAUGAUAUUCUGGAGGACCGUGUGCCGGCGGGGCUGGUGGAGGAGUAUCACUCUGUUCUGCAGCGCUGCUCCCAGACGUUCCGGGAGUUUUCCAGCCUGCGGAACGGCCUGAGCAGCGACUCCGAGUCGGAGCUGGAUAACGUGUCCAUGGUGGAGGGGCUGCGCAUGUACGAGCAGAUGGAGACACUCAAACGCAAACUGCGCAUCAUCGAGAACCCGCUGCUCAGGUAUGUGCUGGGCUACAGGAUGAACUGCGGUCAGCUGUCCUGCAGUGCUAAGGGUGAGCGCCCCGGCGGGGGCAGGGUGGUGCACGUGGUCUCCAGCUCCAGCAGCGUCCAGCUUCUUCACGGAUUAAUGAUGGAGAAGCUCCUCCCACUUUACUCUGGCAAGGAGUUCGAGGUGCAGUUUCACAGUGACCCCUCAGUAGCAGUCAGCUCCUGUUAUGAAGGUGAUGUGGUCAUUAUCUGCCCUGGUCACUAUACCGUCACCAACUCCAUCAGCAUCGCAGACUCCAUCCAGGUGGAAGGUUACGGGCUGCCAGACGAGAUUGUUAUUGAGAAGAGAAAUAAAGGAGACACGUUUGUGGAGACGACCGCCCCCGACGUCAAGAUCUCCAACCUGAAGUUCAUCCAGCACGACGCUAUUGAAGGAAUAAUGUGUGUGCGUCAGGGGAAGCUGGAGAUGGAGAACUGUGUGCUACAGUGUGAGACUACAGGAGUGAUCGUCCGCACCUCGGCUCAGCUCAUCAUGAACAUGUGUGAUCUUUAUGGCUCUAAGGGAGCCGGUGUGGAGAUCUAUCCGGGCAGCGUCUGCAGUCUCGUGGGAAACGGCAUCCAUCACUGCAAGGAGGGCAUCCUGAUUAAGGACUUUGCGGACGCGCUGGACGUCCUUCCUCAGAUCACCAUGGUGAACAACGUGAUCCACAAUAACGAGGGUUAUGGAGUGAUACUGGUGAAGCCGGAUGCUCGCGGUGCGGAGGGUCAGCCUGCAGACGCCCAAAGUACAGGAGGCGAGGUGGAGGAGGAGCAUAAAGAAGGCGGGGCUAUGGAAGCAGAAGGUGGGGCUACUGAAGGAGAAGGUGGGCCCGCAGCAGCGGAGGCGGGGUCAGACUGUGACGUGCCGACCAUUGUGGUGGAGGAAAGUCCAGCCGAAGUUCAGCCGAGCUUGGUUCCUCCGGAGUUCACCGAAGGCAAUGAUGCCAUCAAGCGGGAGCUGGUCGCCACCUCGGUUACGAAGCGGCGCCUCCAGAAGAGUCGCAUGAAGGAGCUGGGAGCCAUGCAGGCCGACGAGAACCUGCUGUCUCAGGAAAUGUUCGUUUCUAUUCACGGAAAUCAGUUCCGGCGUAACGGGAUGGGCAGCUUCGGAACAUUUCUUUAUUAAAAACUGACCGAGCGGAGUGUUGACGCCUGGGGUCACUCUGUAGUCGUGUUCUGCCCAAACUCUGAGUCUGAGCUGCUCAUCUCUAUGAGAAAAACUCAACAGUGUUUUCAGAAAUUGCUGCUUUCUCACCCUUUUGUAAACAAUGUUCAGAAACAGAAAUAGUUUAUCUUUCCGAGUGAAUCCUCUGAAUCACGUAGUUGUUAGUCUAACUACAAACUAAUGCUGCUUACUGAAUUAAGUGCAUGUAGCAGUAGUCAUAUUUCAGCUCCUUAAAGGGGAACUCCACUGAUUUCUCAAAAUUCCCCCCAUAACUCAGUGUGUGAGAUGUAAUCAGAGUGAUUCAGAGUGGUUUGGUGU